UCUAAUUUAGGGAAAAACUCUUUGGGAAAAGCGAAAAUGGAAACUGACUGGUCUGAGUACACUUAGACUACUUGUGAACUGUGAAAGGCAAGAAGCCCAAGCAGAAGGUCAGUAGAGAUUAUAGUUUCCAAUACAUUUAUUUCUUACUUAAAUUGCUUCUUUUUCUUUCCCACCAUUUCUUGCAGAUCUCUCUUUUUUGCCAUGUCAUCUGACAGCCACCAACUGAUCACCCAUUCCCACCAGGACUCACUAAGUUCUACUUGUCACAGUCUUUUGAAUGUCAGCAGUCAACCCCUAUCCAAGAGCUCCUCAAAUCUGGCCUGUAUUGGGCAUACAAGGAGUUUAGAGGAAAGGCAAAACAAGCAGGAGCUGAAGAAAAGCCACAGCAGCACCAUCUGCCAUAUCCUGGAAAACAGGAGUGAUGCAAGGAAUGUGCAGAAUCCUGGAUGGUCCUCCUCGCAGCCUGGGAUGAUGGGACUUGGCUCAGAGGUCCAAACUAUAAAUGACCAGUCAGCCAAUGACCACUCAGAAGGCAGAACUCAGAAUACAAACCAUGUUCUUGUCACUGAACAGUCCUCAGCAUCCUGGGGAGUGGGGGACACUAAAACGUGCGUAAAGAGCAGCACUGUUGAGAAUGUUUCUUCGGCCUGCUUUGUUCACCAGCAAGGCACGUGUAAAAUGGAAGAAUCAGGAGCUGCCCUUCAGAGAAGCCACUCAGACCUAACCUGCAGCUGCAAACAGCAGACUUAUGUCACUCACACAGAACCCAGUGCUAUCCACUCCAGCCUAAACUCUUCUGGCUGCAGGCAUGGUCCGCCAGUGGCUAGGAUGUCUUUCCCAACACAGAGAUAUGGAUCAGAAACAAAUGAAAAUGCAUCUCACUAUCAAAACCUUGUGACUCAUCUUCCAGUCCUACCUAGAGACCAACAAGUACCCACAAAUACCUUUGACAGUGGCAGUAUUCCACAUAACACUACUGUUUACACAGAUCCUGGCACAUUUCACACUGCUGUUCUAGGACCCCACAUGCCUGGAAAUGGUUUCCCAAACAGGACAAUGUUCAGUCAAGCCCCUGGGAUUAUUCAUGGUGGUCUGACUUAUGGUAAUAUUCCAAACUCUGCAUACUCCCCCAUGGUGAUGACAGUUCACAACAACUCUGUGGGGCCCUGCAGUCUCAGGCAGGAACCCUUGAAGGCAGAUGCCACCAUCCCAGCCUAUUGCCACUCCUUGCCCAUCCCAUCCAUACAGCUCAUCCCACGAUUGGUGUGCUCCGUCAGUGAGACGGGAAAGGAGCAGACAGCACCUGGCUACUUUAAUUCCUUUUCUGCUUCAGACAUUCUGACAUAUCCUAAGCUGGUGUCUUCAGUAAGUGAAACAGGCCUGGAUGCCAAGAAAAUCCUGAAGUGCUGUAAUGUUCCUGGAGAACAACCUGCCCAGCAGGAGAGAGCUCCUCCAGAAGCCAAGGCUGCCCGUGUUGCCCUGAGCAGCCAGCAAGGUGCAGACAUGGUAGUGACAACUAAGGAUAUGUGGACUAUGACCUCUAUGAAUGAUAUAACCAAAGGCUUGAAACCAGCUCUGGAGCAUAGAGAUGCUGAGGUACAGACUCUUCCAACCAUGGAAUGCAAAUCGGUGGCAACAAGUCCAGCAGCUGCAGCAGAAGGUCACUCACAUGUGUUCCCAGAGGUGAACCUGGAGCAAGACUUGGAGGGCCCCAAAUCUCCAGUUCGUGAAGUGAGAUGGGAUGAUGAAGGGAUGACGUGGGAAGUGUAUGGGGCAUCUGUGGAUCCCGAAGUCCUCGGGGUAGCCAUUCAAAAACAUCUUGAGUUUCAAAUAGAACAGUUCCAGACAGAGCCUGCUGGGGCAGCUGGGAAAAGUAAUGAGAAAAAAAGGCCUUUCAGAACAAUGAUGCAUUCCCUGAGAUAUCCAAGCUGUUGUGCUCGCUCCAGUUCUGCGGUGGAGUGAGCACAAGUGUAGGGUGUAGGAUAGCUGUGUUGCUUUUGAAUUGGACAUAAAUGCUGACUCUUAAGUGUUUGUGGACAGCCCACAUAAGGAUGAGUGAGAAAAGUUCAAUGAUCAUCAAAUCAUAAUCAAUACAUUAAAG